GGAAGGAGACAGCUGCUGCUCUUCUGAUGAACAAUUUUUUUGAGCAGGCCUCCCAAGCUAGACAUGUGAGUAUGAGAUGCUGCCUACGUUUUUCAUCAUGACCCACAGGUUGUUAAACUGCAAUCAAAAGCACUUAGUAGGAAUGGAUCUGUCCCUGUUAUGAGAUUUGAACUCCUGACAUCUAUAUCCACUGGAACUUGAGUGCCCAGGACACACCAAAGAGGGGAUUUUGAGAGCAUUUCACAAGCCCUGCAGCUGUGAGCCGGUUGCAGCAUGAGGAAAAGCCUUUCAUCACCCCAAUGUACAGGAAAGAGAAGACAGGUGACAGUAGCUAUCCUCCUUCAAUACUGAGGAAAAGGCCACCUGUGGACCAAGCUGUGGGGGAAAAGCGGAAAGCAGAGAGAAGGGUUCGAUUUCGUGAGCCAGAAGUCACUGAACAUGCCAUUUCCUGCUGUGACUACGUAGUGGUAGAUGACAGGUCAUCAUCUGGAUUGCCUGUGCUCCUGUGGCUCUCAUUUUGUGCAGUGCUGAUCCUAGCUGUGAGUCUCUACUACACCAGCAUGAAGCAAGAUGUCAAAGUCCUGGAGGAAUUUCAAUCCCGACUUGUUAUCUUCUUUCUUCAGAUAAGACAUGUUGCUCAGAAAUGCUGGACUUGGUUUAUGAGGCAGUAGCAAUGCCGACCAGCCUGACAGACAUCUCAGAGCACUGCUAACCAGCACAUGGCAGAGCAGAGCUCCCUCCACUCCAGUCACAUGCAGGGAACACAUGAACAUCCACCUCGAAGAGCAAGAAAACCACCCCUGUUAUGCACUGUCCAGCAGCCACUUGUUCUCCUUUUUUUUUUCUUUGCUGUUUUUCACAUUAGUGAGUGGUCAUACUAGCACUCUGAGGUCCCACCAAACUCAUGCUCCAUCAUUCUAAACAGACAGCAAAAAAGUAUUUGAAUUUUGUCCCCCAAAGAGCUUAUAAACUGAUAUGUGGAGCAGAAGUAGAGAGAUAAAUACAUUGAUCUGUGCAGGCAGCAGCAAGCUCUGAAGAAAAGUCUCCUGAGUCUUGGGUCAAGGCUUUAAAUACUAAAUCAUCUUUCUCCUCAAGUUUCCUAAGAGCUAUUCUGCAAAAGUUAAAGUAAAGCUGGGCUAUUGCACAAACACUGCCCUGGUGGCCAAAGGCUUGGCAAGCUGCUAUAUGUAUACACCUGAAAUUAUUAUUAGUAGUAUCUCAGCAAAUGGCUUUCUUGUUUGCCUUCAUGCGUUUUUUUUCUUCCAUGGGCAAAAGCUGUUUCUUAAUGUUUCACUUGAUUCCCAGGUGUGGAAAAGAACAUGAAAACUCAUUUAAACUGUAAGUAGUUUAUUUGUCUAACAUAACAAAUAACAGCAUUGAAUCCCAGGCUAAUUAUCAAAUCAGUAGUUUAAUCCUCUGGGUUUGAUUCAGUCCGUAAACCCCAGGAGCUGAGCUUACAAGAUUUAUGAUAAUGUUUGUAUUCAGUCGAGAUUAUGCUUUUAUGCCUGGCUGUUUAAGGCCUUAUAUAAUGGUAAUAUGGACUGUUUACAAAGGCAUGGGAGACUAAGUCCCUUUAUCCCUCAUUUGCCCCACCACAGUAUGCACCUUUCUGAAGGGAAACCUUUUAACGGACACCAUGCAAUAAAUACUGUAUGGUGCUCUGGGUGUCUGAGAGGAGAACAAGUGAGUACAAGCCUAUGAGCUUCAGCUAUGUUUUCUUCCUAGACCAAGCCAGCACAACCAGCUUUUUUAGGCCUUAGAUUCUUGUCAGAUAGCACCUGAUGUGUGCUUGGGUUUAUUUGGUAUGAUAAGAUUGAUAUCACAACCUGUAAGAGCUGGAGAAAA